AUGGAUGGAUGGUUCGCGUCAGCAUCUUGGCUUCAGAGUUUUGAGGAGCCAGAAUGCUCCGAUGCCAUGCCCAGAAGUACUGAAAAUGACGGCACUUCUUCUGGCCCAGGAGAAUCUGUGUUCAUUCGGCAACGAGGCACGAACGAAGGAGCCGGAGUCCGGGUCCAAGAUGGUGGGAACCAGAAUCUUGGCACUCAGCUCAAAGUGCGGGUUGUGUUGUGCUGCAGUCGUGGAUCUCUCACGGAGGGAGGGACGCAGGGAGGGAGAGUGCGGUGGAAUGAGCUAGAGCUGGUGCUUUUCAGGAGGUGGUCUUUUACUCUUGCGAUCGACCGGAUCGAGAGAUGGAGACGAAGACGAAUACGGAGGAGAGUGGCAAAGCCUGAGGAGGCAAGUUCCGAGAUGUCGGAACACAUCAGAGCGAAAAAUGCAGUAAACUUCCAUCGUCACUCAGCGAGUGGAGGGGAGUGGUGGCCCAAGUGGGAGGGCUCGGAAAUAUCAACGCGAGAGCCUGCAGCUGGACGAGAGCCAGGGUUGCAAUUUCCUGCUGCCGAUGCGGGCGUCAUCCAUGAGCUCUCCAUUGGAGAGUUGCGCUCAGCAGAGCACCCAGAGAGAGCUCCAGGGAGAGGGUUUAGAGGGGGGGCACGGCCGGACGCCGUAUAUACAGACAGCCAGCGAAGGGAGCGGGUAGAGACAAAAGCAGGCCGGGGCACGGGGUCCUCCCGCUCUUACCACCGGAUGGCCCAAAAGGUCGCAGAGCACGGCGGGGCAGCGCGGGCAGGGCGGACCGGACCGGACCGGAAGGGACCGGAGCGGGCCGCGAGAGAGAGGAGCGUGCCACUUCGACUCCGGACAGCACAGCAGGGACGAAUCCUGGUGAUGUGUCAAGGGCAUGCUGCCUCGUAG